CUCACAGCCAUAGUUUAGUUUCUGAUUGGGUAAGUGAAUUAAAGGCCUUGUGCCUCCCUUCCUCUUUCACUCUGCCUUGUUUGCAGUGAGACUCACACAUCAGGAGAAACCUGACAGACUACUGCUUCGGUCAAGAUGUUUCUGUGCUGGUGCCUAUCUCUGGUGGCUUUAAUCCCUUUGACCACAAGCACCAACCCUGGAGUAAAGGUCAAGCUAACAGCUAAAGGCAUUGAAUAUGGCAGACAACUGGCAGUGGCUUCGAUCUUGCAGAAACUCAAAACCAUCAAACUUGAUGAUAUGUCAGGGAAAGUGAAGGUGUCUCCCAUCGGCAAGGUCAAGUACAGCCUGACAAACAUGAAAAUGGUGGAUGUGGGAUUGCCAACGGCUGCGCUGGAUCUGGUGCCAGGGACCGGUGUCAAACUGUCCAUUGUCAACACUUACUUCCGUUUGGAAGGAAACUGGCGGGUCAAGUACCUCUUUGUAAAGGACAGCGGCUCUUUUAAUUUGAACGCCAAUGAUAUCAGUAUCAGUACAAGUCUCUCCAUCAAGACUGACCAGACAGGCCGACCUGCGGUCAAUAGUCUCGACUGUGGAGCCAAUGUUGGCAAGACAAGCAUCCAUUUUAAGGGUGGAGCCAGUUGGUUGUACAAUCUCUUCAGUAAAUACAUUGAUAGUGCGAUACGAAAAGCAAUGCAGAAACAGAUCUGCCCUCUGGUGGCCAAUGCAGUAUCUGAUUUGAACAACAAUUUGAAAACUCUCAAUGUUCUAGCCAAGGUGGACAAGUUUGCAGAGAUUGAAUAUUCCAUGGUGGCAUCGCCUGCAGUGUCAAAAACCUCCAUAGACUUUGGCUUGAAGGGUGAAUUCUACAACAUCGGGAAGCAUCAGGAGCCUCCCUUUUCCCCCGCAGUCUUUUCCCUGCCGCCCCAGAUCAACAACAUGUUGUACAUCGGCGUUUCCUCCUUCACCAUCGAAUCUGCGGCCUUCGUCUACAACACAGCUGGAGCCCUCAGCCUGUACAUCACUGAUGACAUGAUCCCACAAGGCUUUCCCAUCCGACUCAACACCAGAGCGUUUGGAGUUUUCAUCCCGCAGGUUGCUAAGCGUUUCCCAGGUCUGAUGAUGAAACUGCUGGUGAAGACGGUGAAAACUCCCGUCAUCACGUUUGAACCCAACAACGCAACAGUUCAGAGCUUUGCCUCAGUGACAGCUUACGCUAUCCAACCCAACGCCACACUUACGCCUCUCUUUGUCCUGAACUUGGACUCCAGUGUCAGCGCCCGAGUGUUUGUCAGUGGAACGAGGUUGGCCGGAGCUGUCACCCUAAACAAAAUGGAUCUGACCCUGGGGACGAGCUAUGUCGGAGACUUUCAGGUCGGUUCGCUCGACAGCAUCUUCCAAAUGGUCCUCAAAAUGGUGGUGAUACCUAGAAUGAAUGUUCAACUUGCAAAGGGAUACCCUCUUCCGACACUUGGAAAGAUGAAGCUGGUGAACACUCAGCUGCUGGUCCUGAAGGACUACGUGAUGAUUGGGACCGAUGUUCAGUUCACGAGUUGAGUGCCAUUUCUGGAAGCUUCCAAUUCUGCACCAUGAAGACACAAUCACAGUUCAUCAUGUAGAAAUAUUACCGUCAAAUGCUGAUCACCUGUUCGGGAUAUCAACCCAGGUGUUCAUGCUGCUUUUCUAUUAAAUAUGAACCUCAUAUACAAUGUAGAUAGGGCACAGUCUGCUGGACAAGGUUUGCACCUUUUUUUUUAAACAAUAAACUCCUUUUAAAGCGGAUCAGCACUCUCUGCUGCCAACUUUAUGAACAAUUUAUAACUCAAA